UCAGCCUUGUGGCGCGCGGUCGGGUGGCUACCGGCGGGCGCGUGAGCGGCGGUGGCAGGGCGGCGGAAGUGGCCUGCGAGCCUGGUGCCCGCCGACACCAUGCUGCCCUUGUCGCUGCUGAAGACAGCUCAGAAUCACCCCAUGUUGGUGGAGCUUAAAAACGGGGAGACAUACAACGGGCACCUGGUGAGCUGUGACAACUGGAUGAACAUCAACCUGCGCGAGGUGAUCUGCACAUCUAGGGACGGGGACAAGUUCUGGCGGAUGCCCGAGUGCUACAUCCGGGGCAGCACCAUCAAGUACCUGCGCAUCCCGGACGAGAUCAUCGACAUGGUCAAGGAGGAGGUGGUGGCCAAGGGCCGGGGCCGCGGCGGCCUGCAGCAGCAGAAGCAGCAGAAGGGCCGAGGCAUGGGGGGCGCCGGGCGAGGUGUGUUUGGCGGCCGGGGCCGAGGUGGGAUCCCGGGCACAGGCAGAGGUCAGCCGGAAAAGAAGCCGGGCAGACAGGCGGGCAAACAGUGAGCCGCCUCUCCACACCCGAGAGACUGAGCCGCCAGCACCACCAUCGCUGCCACUGGCAUCUGCUCCCACCCCCAGGCCUUCUUUC